AUGAAUGAUUCUCCUCCAAAAGCAGUCAUAGUAUAUUGCAUUUACUGCAUUGUCUUCAUCCUUAUAUGGUUGUUGCCAUAUUUAACUGAAUGCAUCGGUAUAACUGUUGCAGAUCAUCUACUUGUUCUUCCAAGCAACCAGAAAUUCUUUGGAAGCUUUCCUAAAAAACACGUGGUCGGAUCAAAGCAUUUAUUCUCAAAAUGUCCGCUAAAUCCUGACGAUUUACUCAUAGAUUUCACAAAAAUUCCGAAUUUUGCAUCACACAACUCUCCACCAAGGGAUAUAAUUACGAAUGAACAAACAGUUCGUUAUUCUUCAAUAACUAAUGCCACUUUUCAUCACUUACGGAACUUAUACGUCGGAAGCAAUUUAUUAACUUCGAAUGGCACCCAUAUUUUCAGAAUUGGAAACGAUGGAUCAAGUUCUUACUGGUACCGCGAUCAGCCUGGAAUUGUCAUUGCUAACUACACUCAUGUUUGCGCUAUUGGAAACGUUUUUUCUUUUUAUGGCCAUUUCUUUGUUGACGUUGUUGCACCAUUGAUGUUCAUCCCAGAAGAGUACAGAAACAAAUCAAUCAUCAUUAUCAACAAAUUGAAACCAUACAAAAUUGAAAUUUUGACUCAUUUAGGUUUUGAACGCAAAAGACUUGUAAAUCUUCAACGGAAUAACUGGAUAUACGCAGAGAAUAUAUAUACAUUGACACCGCACCCAAUAUUUCGAUAUCCAGGAAUUACAUACAAAAAUAUUGGAGAAACUUUGAAGAAAGCAUACGGCGUUGAUAAAUAUAAGCUAUGCUUGUAUGUCGUCUCCAACAGAGCACCUUCUGAGAUCAGAAAAAUCAAAGAUUUCUAUUAUUUGGUCACAUGUAUUAGAAAACAAUUUCCAAAUUAUAGAUGGGACAUAAUUCCUGAUAAAUUUAAGUCUUUCAAAGAGGUUGCACUCGUUUACGCCCAGAUAAAGUUGAUUUUCACCAUAACAGGAUCAAAUCUCGUUAGAAUCUUGUUCAUGAACCCAGGAUCUGUUGUGGUUUCGGCACAGCUGAACUUCAAUGACUAUAAUAUGCAGGCAAUGGCCCUGAGCAACGGUGUAAAGUACAUUGCUUAUUUCGAUCCAAGGUAUGACCACACACAUCAUGGUUACUUGGAGUUGGACCAUAAAGACGUGAUGAGAGUAAUAAAGAUCGGAUUAUAUGCUGCUGUAAAUGGCACAAUUCCGAAGAAUUCAACUGAAUAUCCUUAUGUUAAGAUGUGA